AUGUCCAACCAAACUACCAUGACUGAAUUCCUUCUCCUGAGCUUCUCUGAUGCUCAAGAGCUGCAGAUUUUACACUUUGUGGUGUUUCUAGGGAUUUUCCUGGCAGCCCUGAAGGGGAACCUCCUCAUUAUUACAACUAUAGCCCUGGACCACCAUCUUCACACCCCCAUGUACUUCUUCUUGAUGAAUUUGUCCAUGAUAGACCUUGGAUUCAUCUCCAUCACUGUCCCCAAGUCCAUGGCCAAUUCCCUAUUGAACAGCAGAUUGAUUUCUUAUUCUGGGUGCAUUGACCAAGUCUUUCUCUUCAUUUUCUUUGCUGCAGUUGACCUUGGUUUUCUCACCAUCAUGGCAUAUGACCACUAUGUUGCCAUCUGCAAACCACUACACUAUGAGUCUCUGAUGAACAGGAGAGCUUGUAUUGAAAUGGCAGCCAGUGCUUUGAUCAGUGGUAUUUUCUGCUCUGCACUGCACACUGGGAACAUAUUUGCAUUAACCUUCUGUGGAGGCAACAUGGUGGAUCAAUUCUUCUGUGAAAUCCCACAGCUAUUCAAGCUCACUUGCUCUGACUCAUAUCUCAAUGAAGUUGGGGUUAUUGUCUUUUUUGCAUGUUUAAAUAUAAGCUGCUUUGUUUUAAUAAUUGUGUCAUAUGUUCAGAUCUUCACCACGGUGCUGAAAAUCCCCUCAGAGUGGGGCUGGCAUAAAGCCAUCUCCACCUGCCUCCCUCACCUCAUUGUGGUCUUCUUGUUUGUUUGCACUGGGACCUUUGCCUAUGUGAAGCCCCCCUCCAUCUGUCUAUCAGGUCUGGAUAUUGUAGUUGGUGUGCUCUAUUCCGUGGUGCCACCGGUCAUGAAUCCAAUCAUCUACAGCUUGGGGAACAAGGAAAUUAAAGGUGCUCUGAGGAAACUGACUCGGUGA